AGGUUCCAGAGGCAGAUGUCAGAACCAUGCCUUCCCUUCCCGCCCUCCGACGCUCAGGUCCGGGCCCAGUUUCUGCCUCCCAGCAGCAGCAGCAGCACUUUGUCCCGGGACGGCCGGCCUCCGUACCACCGGCAGAUGUCAGAGCCGCUGGUUGCGCCUCCUCAGGGCUUCAAGCAGGAGCUGAUCGACCCGCGGUACAGCGAGCAGGGCGUCCCGGCCAUGGGCCCGCCCGGUCCGGGCCCGGUUCCGCCCCGCCAGGCCGGUUUCCACCCGAUGAACAUCAAGCAGGAGCCUCGAGACUUCUGCUUCGACUCCGAAGUGCCUAACUGUCAGUCAUCCUUCGGCAGGGGGCGGAGCUUCUACCAGAAUAACCGCGACAGUUUCUCCUUCGACAGAGAUCCUCAGCUGUACUUCGACGACACCUGCGUGGUUCCUGAGAGGCUAGAAGCUAAAGUGAAGCAGGAACCGGCGGUGUACCGGGACGGGCCUCCGUACCAGCGCCGCGGCUCGCUGCAGCUCUGGCAGUUCCUGGUCACGCUCCUGGACGACCCGGCCAACGGACACUUCAUCGCCUGGACGGGCCGCGGCAUGGAGUUCAAGCUGAUCGAGCCUGAGGAGGUGGCCCGUCGGUGGGGGAUCCAGAAGAACCGGCCGGCGAUGAACUACGACAAGCUGAGCCGCUCGCUGCGCUACUACUACGAGAAGGGCAUCAUGCAGAAGGUGGCCGGUGAGCGCUACGUCUACAAGUUCGUGUGCGACCCCGAGGCCCUGUUCUCCAUGGCCUUCCCCGACAACCAGCGGCCCAACCUGAAGGCCGACCCAGACAGCCUGCCGGGCCUGGAUGACGACACCGUGCCGCUGACGCACUACGACGACGGCGCCCCCUACCUGCUGGAGGGCGGCGAGCAGUGCGCCGCCGGCCUGCCCUUCCCGGACGGAUACGGGUACUGAGGCCCGCCCGGCCAACGCUGAACACUCCCAGAGUCUGUCCACGCCCGAACUUUAAACCUGGAACGGUUCCGAUCAGUUCCUGCUGCCCGGAGAACCUAAAAACUCUGUCAGCUCCUGGCCAAGAAUGAGAAGGAGACGAACCGGCGGACCGAGGCCGCGCCAGGAGAUGCUGUCGCCAUGGAGACCAAACAAAGCCACGCCCCCUCCACUUGGCGCCGGUUCUGAUUCUGUGACAAUCUGCUUUUGUUAAAACAAUCUCGUUAAAAUCCUGAACGCAGCACCGUUCUGUCGUUGCCUUUUUUGGGUUCUUCUCUCCCGUUUCCACGCCGUCACCAGAUCCGUAACAAGGGCUUUAAAAUCAGACACGGACCUCCAGACGCACGGCUUGCUCGCUUUUCUGUAGAUACGAGUUCUGGUUUCGGACCCGGAGCUCUCAGGGUUCCGGCCGUCGCUGUGUAAAUGUUCUGUAACGUUCUGCUUCCCUUUAGAGGCCGAGGAGCCGCCGGGUUGCGCUCGGACCUCCAGACCCAGUGUUCCGUAGACGUUCUCGUGUUUGUGCCGGGUUGUUCUGAUGCUCCAGUAUGGCCGGACGCAUCGGGGCGCUGCAUGAGCCAACAGAACCCGGCCGGACUCUCUGCAUGGUGUAAUCACUGACAUAUCGCUUUCUCCGGACAAAGAAGAUGUUUGUGAUUUUCUCUGCGUUUUAUUUUCGUUGUCGUGUUCAUUUUGUGGUUCUGAACGGGGCAAAGACUCAUAAAGUAUAUAUUUUUGCUAUAAGGCUGCGUUUGUUCUGAUUUUCUGUGUCGGCUGUAUAGUUCUGCUCCGGUAGACCUUUGUAACGGACCGAGGAGCGAGGCGUCCGGUCCGCUCUGUACAGGCUUCGGUUCCCCUCCCGCCUCACAAUGUGUUUCUUACACUGCUGACUUUCUGAUCGUCUGUACUGGGUCCAAUAAACGGUCCUGAACGCUU